ACCAUCUCCGCCAUGGUUUCUUCCUACCACCAUGUUCUACAUGUACCGUCGAGCAUGUCAUGCGGGAUGGUCACUUGCUCUCUCGUUCUCUUACCUUCCACCCCCUCUCCUCAACCUUGAUGAUUGAGGUAGAGUCUCCAACGGUAUGGUAGAUCCAUUCACGUUGAGGCAUGCUUCCACUGUGUCACAGUGAUGGAUGCAUGCUGUUCGUUAGUUCGAUAUCUGCCACUCGUGGUAUCGAACACCCUUGCGUGUCGUAUGUCUUUCAGGCUGGAUGUUAUGCUACGUGGACAUAUGCCUGUAGACGACUUGACUCACCAGCCAUUUGCGUUCGGAGGAACCACCUGUCAACCAGUUCCGACGCACCCGCCGAGCUCAGCCUCUCCGCUACUUCAUGCAGUAGUGGAUGUCAGCCUCCCGGCCUCUCCCCAACCUCACUCGAUUCCGCUGGCAUUUAUCCCUCAUAUCUUCCAACACCCCUACCGGCCUUUCGACAUAAGAGGCUACCAUCACUGUCAUUGUCUGGCUUUUAUCUCAACUCGACUUGCCCUCCUCAAUGGAUGAUCAGUGUCGCAGAUCGUCUACGCGGCACUCAUACGAUCCUCCGUGGCCGAGCUUGUCAGCCUCAUCGCUCACUCACGACCCGUCCACUUUCCCGCGAUCUCUAUCUCGCCUCCGCGCACGCUGCUCAAGCAGUAGUGCCCUUGGCCUCAUCCUCUGACCCGUUUUUCGUCAUCCUUUCUUAUUCGUUUACUAUUGUGUCAUUAUAUGUAGUCUGGAUGUCCGAUCUCAGCUCAUACCAUUACUCUCACAUUAGCUUGUGAGGGAUGGUUCAACUUAUAGCUGAACCUUCUUGGUAUGAGCUUAGACCGGUGGACCAGGCCGACUCGUCCUCUUUCUGUUCUUAUCCACAGAGGCUAGUUGUCGGGGAGGGGAAGGUCCUCCCUUUUUUUCAUAGCCUGACGCUCGGACUUUGCCCUGUGUGCAAUGUCUUUGAGUAUUGGGUGUCGAGUCUUCGGCUCGCUUAGUUUUUCUUUCUUUCUUCUUUUCAUGUUCUACCUUUCCUUUCCGCUUUGCGAUAACUACUUUUAUUCUGCGCGAUCCAUCCGUUAUCGUCCUACACCCACAUUCCUAUUUCCGCUGUCGUCACUCGUGCCACACACGUUCCGAUGCACCAUCUAUCUAUCCUCCCGCAUUCCUAUUCCGGCGUUGUUAAUUCGCCAUUUCUUACUACAAUCUCUAUGUUUCCUCUUUUCAUUCUUACGUCCGCCUCUUUUUUUUCAAUCUCAGAAUCGCGCUCGUUUUCACUCAACUCUCCUUAUUUAUACCUACACUAUAUGCUAUACCAUCACACUUCAUCCGUUUGGGUUCUUGCGCGUAUGUUACGUACCUACCCUGCGGCUUCCUAUCAAUCAUAUCGGUGACCACACGCUCGGCGGGAUGAGACCUAAAAGCAGACACUCAUAAACACGGGGCGCGUAGGUAGUGUGUAGGCAAAUCUAUCCUGGGGAAACACAUGUAUCAUC